UAUCAAUAAGAUUAAAAUGCCUAUUCUACAACUAGGUUAUCCUUCAAAUAAAAUGCGCCAUCCUCUGAUUUGUAGCAUUAAUUAAUUAUAUUUUACACAUAUUCUUUGUAUUCAAGUUCAACCCGUAAAAGAAGGAAGGAAUUAAUUAAUUAUAUUUAUAUGCUUCUUCACCAUUUUGUUCCCCAUAACUUCUCCUGUGCAGUUGUUUUCAGUUCUCUCAGCCUCCAUUUCAUCUAAAGCUCAUAAACUUGAUUAAACUCUUCAAAGUUUCAAUCUUUCUGCUGCCAUUUCUCUUGAAUCACAUCGUUUUCGAUCUGGCUUAUAUUUGAAUUGCCAUUUAGAUCAUUUUUUCACCCCCUUUGUUUCUUUUUGCUGAUUUCUUUUGCAAACCACUGAUAGAAACGAAAACCCAUUUGUUUCUUGGGGUUUUUAUAUAUUUCCUUGAUUGAGUUUUGGGUCAACAAAGAUGCAAAUUAAUGGACAUACUUUUUAAGGAAUCUUUAGUUGUUUAAGAUUUCGUUUCAUUCAACUUUACAAUAUGGGUAGAGGUAGAGGGAAAGGGAAGAAGCAGACUGUUAUUGCUUCACAUGAAGAUCCUAGUAUCGGUGAAGAUGACCAAGUUCCAGCUUAUAAAAGAAGAGGAAGGCCAACAAAGCCAUUGAAGGAUGAUACUGAAGAAGGAGAGGAAGAAGCUGCAGAGAUCAAAGAAGAUGACAAGGAUGUGAAUGAUUCAAUCUCUAAUAAAGAUGCGAAAAGUCUUGCUGCUACUGAAAAUGGACAGAAAAGGAAGAGGCCUGGACAUACCAGUGAAAAUGCAGAUUCUGUCAAAGAGGAAAAUGAUGUUAGAACAAAAUUGAGUACUGAUAAUUCAGCAGUGAGUGGUAGAUUCCAACAAAAUGGGAGCCGGCGCAAAAACAAGCCUAGAAGAGCUGCUGAAGCUGUUGUUGAGUGCAUGUAAUGUUCAAUUUUGUUGUUCAAAUGGUUGCAUACUAUCUUUCUCCAUGGGAUAAAUCCAUAUUAUGCUUACAGAGCUUAUAGUCUUACAUUUAAGUUUUAGGUAUUUAUUUUGUUAUUUGCUGCUUGUUUUUGUAAUUGCUGAUUCAAUUUCUUGAUUCAUAUAAUCCUCCAGUCUUGUGCUA